CUUUGAAAGCCUGACAUGCCGGUCAUUGGUGACAAUGUCAGAUCCAAAAAUGCCGCUGCUGCAAUCGUGAUUAGAUGAUCUUUCCUCCAGAAGAAGGAUUUCGUGUUCAAUUUGGCCGAGUUGCUUCCUUUCCUUGAUGCUUGAAGGCUUUUCCAAGCAAUGCUGUGCAAUGUUUUUCGGAAACUUUAAAAUUCAAUCAGGACAGUUCAUACAUGUACGGCUUCCUUGCAAAGAGAACGUCCGAAGGGAGCAGCCCUCCAGAUUGCCAUGGGCUUCCAAGUUGGUGGGAGCCAUCUGCACAUACUGUAGUGUUGAGAUCAGGCAUCAGCAAGCAUGAGGUUCGCUCCUCCCUUGCGCCCUGAUAGGGAGUCUGCAGACUCUGGGACAAGCAGGGCUGCUUUGAUAAAUUCUGCAGUAGGCAACUCGUUCCUCUCUCCACGGAAGGGCCGUCCUUCCAAUGGCAAACCAGACGGGAGUCAGCCAGAAAGUACAAAGCCAGCAACAAUCGUGCAAAUUGGGGGAAAGGUCCCAACCUUGGCAAUCUCCCAGAUGCAGAGCCAGAGGGAAGAGAAGGAGAAUCUAGGACAUCUGUCUGCGCGCAGUUUCAGGGGGCAGUCAGAUGCAGCGGCAGCAGAGAGAAUGGUGCACAGCGCAAGAAGUUUAUCCCCCCAGAGGAGAACCAGGCUGCAGAGGAUGCUUGAGAGGGAAGGCUUGAAGGAAGCCUUAAGCACAUUGCUGCAGGCAACGAGCCCCCGCAAGAAGUGGGACCCAGCUUUGGUGGAAGAUCAGGUGGACAAGCUCCUGGGGGGGCAGGGCAACAGCCUCCACCCCUCCCCCAGCAAAGUACGUCCAGCGAUGGAAGCUCAGACUAGCCAAGGGGGGCAGGACCCUGAAAAUAAGCAUGGAGAAAGCCCGAUUAGAGCACGCCCCGCAAGGGACUUGCGGCCCGCCACAGCGGGGGUGAGCCCAACGAGACGAAGCCAGGACCUACAAAGGGGGGGUGCGGAAGACCAAGGGCGGCCGUCUACUGCGAGUGCAGGUUCGCAGAGGGGCCAGCUGGAAGGGGGGGUAAAGCGAGAGGAUGACGCGCAGGAAAGGAGCCUUAGCCCCCGAAAGGCCCCCCUACCGAGGCCGGGCACGGCGGGUGGGGUGGAGCAGAAGGGGGACUCGGUGCAGCUGAUGCCAACAUACACGGUGGCGGGGAAGAGGAUGCCGCUGAUCCAGCUGUUGCGGGAAAAGAUCUGGCAGCGGUCCCCCGGCGGUGCUCACCAGCUGCUCAAGUGCUUCAACCAGCUGGACCGCGACCACAGCGGCGCCAUCAGCCAGGACGAGAUGCGGCGCUUCCUCGCCACCUUCCACGUGGACGUCGACCCACGCACGCUGCACGCCUUCGUCUCAGCGCUCGACGCGAACAAGGACGGCAACAUCGACUACGAGGAUUUUGUCCAGAAGCUGCUCCCGGAGGACUUCCCCGGGCGCAACGGCAUGGGCCGCUUCGGCGGCGGCCAGGAGAACUACCUCAUCACGAAGCUCAACACCGCGCGUGCGUUCGAGGCGCGCCGGCGGGCGGCCGUGCAGCAGUGGCAGUCGCGCAUGUCGGUGGACGACCUGGAGCGGCUGAUGCGCGAGAAACUAGAGGGGCGGGUGCGCGGCGGGCCGAGCCACCUGCGCAAGGCGUUCCGCUACCUGGACCGCGACGGCGACGGGAAGCUCAGCCCGGCGGAAUUCCAGCUGAUGCUGGGCACGUUCAACAUCAACCCGAGCCCCGACGAAUACGCUGCACUGCUCGCGCGGUACGACCCCAACGGCGACGGCGUGAUCGACUACUACGAGUUCAUUGACAAGCUGAUGCCCCCGGAGUUCGAGACAAAGAAACAGAUGGCCCAACGGAGAGCCGAGAAGAUGCAAGCGGAAUCCAGCAAGCGGCUGGAGUUCUACGAGCAGGCGUUCCGGGAAGCGGCGGCCCCUCCACACCCGAACGGCGCAGAAGCGUCCGUUCGGCUGUCCCUCGAGAGCAUCCGGAAGGCGUGCGCGGACAAACACCUGCCGUUGGAUGACGAAGCCAUGCAACUGAUGGCCGACACGUGUCGCGCCAGCGCGGACGGCAAGCUGGACGUCCGGCAGUUCGCGCAGCAGCUGCGCGCGGCCGCGGACCGCGCGGUGGCGCGCGAAGUGUUGCACGUGCCGCGCGACCUGAUGGCUGGGUUCGGAAACCCGGCCGACGGGCCGGCGGGCGCGCGCGCGGGCGGCAGCGCGGCCGCGCUGGUCAGCGGCAAGCGGCCAAUGACCCUCGCCCAGGUGGCGGAGAUGUUCAACGAGAAGGUGGCCGGCAGGUUCCACGGGCGAGGCCCGCAAGAGGACAUGCGCAUGGCCUUCGCCCACUUCGACGUCACCGGACGCGGUAAGCUGGACCACGCUGACGUCAGCCGGGCCUUCCAGAACUUCAACAUGCGGCUGACGGCCAGCCAGAAGCAGGAGCUGCUUGCCAAGUUGGACCCCGAACAGACCGGUUUCGUCACGUUCGCGGCCUUUGACACAGUGCUCGGCACCAAGCCGGACCUGGGCUUCUUCCCCGAGAAGCGCCCGGGGCCCUUCGUGCCGCUGCAGAAGAACGGGCGCCCCUUCACGGCGACCCCGCGCGUCAACAACGUCAGCAUGGAGGUCUGGGGCCAGCUGGACGGGUCGCCGCAAGUGGGCCCCGCGGGGGCCGGCAAGGAAGAGGAGCCUGCCACGUCACCUCGGCGCCUGAUCAUGACCCCCCGGAGCGCCCUCCAGUCCUCUAACGGCACUCGGCCCCAAACUUCCCAGAGCCUAGCGGGCCGCCGCCCGGGCACGACGUCCCCGGUUGCCAGCAGCGAAGAUGGGUCGGUUGACGGCGGCCAGAAGAACCGGCGCCCUAGCGGCAGGAGCUCGUCCGGGCUCCUCUACCGGUCGCCGUACGCAGCGGAAAGCUCGGGCGUUCUGAGGAAACCGAGCAGGCACCCGGGCGGCAACGCGCCCCUGCCGAACCUCCCGGUCGCGAGCAGGCCGUCGACGGCUGCGUCGGCCGCGAAACCCCAGAACUUCGACUUUGGCGGUCUUACGCCGCGGUAACUAGGGCGGCCUGUGCAUGGGGCUAGGAUGCGUGCGAACUAACUUAUUAUACGGGUGGCUAACAAAGUUUGCGUUGGAUAUCUAGGUGUAGGGUAGAGUGUACAGCUUUUGCGGGCGCAGAAGGUACCGCAUAAUGCGAGCCAGCCGACUGUUGCAAAGUCGUCAAAAGAUGACGAGAUGACGUAGGGAAGCCUGGCAUACUUUCACCGUACCUCCUCGCUCUGACGGACUUAUACAGAUGAUGAGUACCUGUUGACAAGCUUUCAGUGUUAAGUUUCGGGACUGUGGCAGCGUAGAAGAGAGUAUGUAGCGGAAGCUCAGAGAUACUUCCAAGUAUUGACGAGACAUUUAACACUGGUAGGUCCUUUGCUAUAUAUUGCGGCUAGCUCAACAGCUUAUAUGAGGGCCGGUUUGAGCAUGCAAAACCUAGC